AUGUGGACCUUCCUGUUUGCCGUAGUUCUGGCGCAGGAAAAGUUAGAACUCUUUUUUGGGGAUAUUGAUGAUGUGUGCUGGCCAGAGGGAAGUAUUUACAAUAUCUUCGAAACAAUCGCAGCUACCGCCGAUUACGCAGCGUUCUACACAGAUGACCAAAUCACACUAAAGAACAUUAACGUUCAUUUCACUCAUAUCCCUGGCUGUAGUAUGGUGGAGGGAAAACAAACCCGCAGUGUUAUUAGCCUGUUGAGGAACGCUCGGUCCCUGGAAAACUCCACUGCUGGUUAUUCUGUUUUCUUGGGCCCACGACUUAGAAGCAAUUGCCACUUCAUCAGUGAUUGGAUCGCCGACGCAACCGUCGAAGAUGAAGCUCACAGAAGCCUCUAUCAGAUCAGCUAUGUUUGUCAAGAUUUCGAGUCUUUUAGGUAUGCUGAGACCUUUCUUGCCAGUCAAACGGGGGCUCGCGUACACAUCAUCUCCUUCGCAGUGAAUAUAAAAGACGCAACACUGAGUCAUGCUUUGGAAAUUUUUCUGCGACAGAAAGGCUGGAGGACAAUUGUCGUGCUCUACGAGACUAGUCCAUUGGUUUUGCAGUACCGCGAACUUGCCAAAAAUCUGCAAUUUUAUCUGUCACGGACAGAGCCUGAUAGGAAAGGGCUCAAUGUAGUCACAAUCCACAAGCUGCAGUUGGACAGUGACCAUCGAGAGAUCGUUGAGCGAUUUUGCAAUCCUUGUCAAGCUAUUGUUCUCCUGGGCGGCCUAUUGAUAUCCCACAACUUUCUUGAGAUGGUGAACAAUAUGUCCAUAUUUGAAAACAGCGAGACUGCCAUCAUCCAGGUGGAUCCUGCCAACGUUAUCACUUAUGAUGCUUUGCGUUUUUGGCGCUAUAUUCUCUCGGAAAAUAGAAUACUCGGGGCCGCUGCUCAAUGUACAUUUUUGAUGGCUGCCCUUCCAGUUGGUCAAGGCUUUGACAUUUCUGCGUAUAUCCUCGAAACACAAAUCCAGGUGUCCUUGGCCACUGCUGUGGCCUUAGCCAUUCGCCUGACCUACGCUAACUACAUCGAAGGUGAUGGUGUACCGCCCGCCAACAGGGGUUUCUUCGAUCCGCUCAUGGAAGGAUCCUUCUCGGUCCCAGUUCUGCCAAAUUUGACAUACCGUUUCUCCAAUGACGACGGUGAGGCAAUCGAGCACUAUGAUUUCUACUUUUUCACGUUUAAGCCGGCAAUUUCUGCGGCAGCCACCAGCAUAAGUACUUUGGACUUUCAGGAGAUAUUCGAACUCAACAGCGUGCUUCUCUUCCCAAAACGGAUUUUAACAAUCGUGAACCAUAAGGUUUGGCCAAAUCCCAGUCGCCAUCUUCAAAGGGAUUAUUGUCUGCUAUCGCCAUGUUUCCAAGGUAUUGCAAUGACAACUAAAACCACGCACUUAUUCAUUUCAAAAGCAUUCUAG